AAUUAUUCAUGGCCUAAUAAUCCGCCGAAUUUGCACCAAAAGUUGAUGAGUCUCAUAAAGGUUAAGACGACGAUAAAAAUUAACCUUAGGAAGUGAAACAAUAAAAUGAAGAGAAAAACGAAGCACCAAAGACAGAAAACAAAACUCCUAGUUUGUUUGGAUCAUUGAUCAAUGGAUAAAAUUUAUUCACUAACAAUUAAACAUCCUCCAUUUUUUAAGGAAGUUUGUUUGGGUCAACCUAACCAACAACUGGAAUUUUCAGCACCGGAGCUCCUGUUUUAAGCAAUGCUAAUGUAGAUCUCACAAAACCAGGACCAUCCUUAUUUGGCAUUAGUUACACAGCUCCAAAAUCCGAUGAUAGCGAACCAGGAGAAGAUGAUGGUAUCAAUGAUGUAUCUAUUUUAUAGGAUAAGAUGAUUAAAAACCAGAGGAUGAUGAACCAAAACAAAUAGUAAUGAAAUAUGAUUAUACUCCAAACACAGAUCAAUUAGUAAAGGUAAUUUUAUUUGUAUGAUCAAAGGUUAAUGUUGAAAAGUUUAGAAAAAAUACAAAUGAUAUUUUGGAGAAGGGAUCUGUGGCUAUUGAAAAAACAAAAAAUGGAAAUGUUUAUUAUCUUGUUUAUAGGUAUUUUGUUUUAUCUAUUUGUUAGAAAUGCAAUUCAAUAAUCAUUUUAUACUGGGUAAUUUAUCAAAGGAUUUUCAGAGAUCAAACCUUUGGGAUAGAAGGCAGAAAAUUUAAUUAUCAAAGCUGUCAGCAGAAAAGAAAAAUAUGGUGAAAAUGAUGAAAAGAAAUCAAUAUCUGUUGAUACAUUAAAAGUAAUGUUCACAACCAAAGAAGGAUCAGAAGAAUUUAAAACAGAGUUUGCAAAAAUAUUUUAAUGAUAUUAAAUAUUAAAUGAAUUUUUAG